AUGCCGGGCGGGGAUGCACCAAACUUGGAUGAUAUAAGUCAGACUACAUUCUACAUUCCCUACAAGCCAGAUGUUAGUAAACCUACAAGGUCACGGUUACCAGAAUCACAGUACCAGGAACGCGACUUCACUGAAGGACCAGAUCUGCGUUUGGCUGCAUACCGAAAGGCUUGGACAAAGUGCUUCGAUAGAUUGCAGACAAUAAUUCAUAACUUGCAGACGCCCGUUGUCGCUGCCGUAGUUGAAGAAGUACACAGAUCGUAUACAGACAUCCUCCCUGGCUUGCCAUACCCAGAGCUUCCAGUCAUAUGCAUCACAGAUCCCAUUUUUGGUUCUUCCUUUUUGACGGAACUGACAAACCAACUCGAGUUACCAGAAGACACGCCUGAUUCCUUGUUCAGCCAAAAAACAUUCGUCACGCAUCUUCACCCGCCUGAUUGUGGAAACAUUUCUUCGGCGAUGAAGUCUAUUGUCAAUGGCUUUGUAGAGAGAGAGACAACCUUGGGCAAGGUGAAGCGUAAACCAGCGACAUCGCUUGCGAAUUAUGACAUCACUUUGCUGUCAACAUGGUACAAAGCACUUUGUGAGGCUGAAGAUUUUGAUGCGGAAUCUCGACCAAACCUCGUAGUAUUUCUACACGAGUUCGAGCAAUUCGAUCCAAUUGUUAUGCAGGACGUCUUUUAUAUCUGCAGCACACGAAUACCCGACCUUCCUUUGGUCUUUAUCCUUUCAACAUCAUCCCCCACGACGUCGUGGCUCCAUACCUCGUAUUCUCGGGCAACCUUAGCCCGCCUCCGCGUUCGGCGGUUUGCGCUCCCUUCAGGGGCCAAGAUUUUAGAGGACAUCAUUCUAAAGACUUUCUUUGAUGUCGAAUUUGAACCGGACGUGAUGAUCGGUCCAGCUAAUAUCCAGUAUCUUCAAGACUAUUUCACGAGAUACGACUCUUCCCUCGACAAAGUACUAACGAUACUACAGUUGAUCCACCUGAAGCAUUUCAGUUCCGACCCACUUACCGUCCUCAUACAUGCCACGCCAGGCGUCACAUCACUUUCCAGACCCACUUCCUUCAACUUUAUCGACUCCCUCGCAGAAAGAUUAUACGCCCCGUCAACCCAAACACCAUCAGAAACUCACGCUGAAGACUGGCGUUCUAUAACUAUACCUUCUCUGAUCAAAUCGAUCGACGAAGCAAGGACUAGCUUUCGCUCUCGUGCGCGAGGGAUACGCGUUGCGUUUGGCUUUAUCAACCUCGUCCAAUGUUUUAUGGUUCUGCAAGGCUAUAAGGGUCUGGGCUGGGGCCAGCAGAUCAGCUUAUGUGAUGUAUUCGUUGAUAUUUUAGAGGGGAGUUUGGAGAAGGAUAUUAAGUAUCUGAGUAUCAUGGUGAGGAAACUCAGAGUGGAACAGCUUCGUGGUCUGCUUGAAGAAAUCCAGUUGUAUUUCACCAACAUCCCAACCGAGGAAGAAGCUCAAGCUCAAAUUGCAUCCUUGCAGUCGAUACUGCCCAAUGACGACGUCAGUCUCUCUGAACUGCGUGGGCAGGUAGCCACUGGGCUGAGCGAUUGGUUGAUAGGAUAUCUAAACUCUCGACUGACCCCUCUCGAAGAAUCACCUCUAUGGGAUAUCUGGUACACCGGUCUCACACCCUUCCCUUCCGAGCUGCUAAAUCCAUCCGUAAGAGCCUCGAUAUUAAGUGGUCUACUUCGACCCCAUGACUUUGCGGAACGUGACAACGAAUCUGAAGAAGAAGACAGGGAAGUUGGGCUAUGGGAGCUUCCGGAUACCAGUAUUCUUUUCAAGCGAUACCUGGACAGCGGGAAGAUGAUUAAUGUGUAUGAUUGGUUCGAGUCGUUCAAGACUGUUUUGGAGACUCAGGCGGAGAAGGGUAAAAGUAGCAGUGGGAGGGGUACGCCGAAGAAGCAAAAGGGGAAAGGAAAGGGGAAGCAAAAGGCGGUGGAAAGUGAGCCCGGAGAAUGGGAAGGUGAGGAAGAGGAGGAGGAGAAGUGGAAGCUUGAGGUUCAGGCGAGGUUUAUGCGGGCUAUGCAGGAGCUUGAUUAUCUUGGGUUCUUGAAGCAUACGGGGAGGAAGGCUGAUCAUGUUUUGCGUUUGGUGUUUGAUGUUAAUGACUGA